GGACUUAAUCUCCGAGUGUAAACUAUUGGACACUCGGCCACAUUGUACACGUCAGCAGUCAAAGAGUUGUGAAGUGGAGAUGAAACACCCCCGUCAGACUUUUCUCUUCCUGUUACGAUCAGUGCUCACUGUCAAGUUACACUGCAUUACGGGUGAUAAAAGAUAGCAGCAACGUGUGUGGCAGCUGGGACAGGGGAGAGAAGUUACAAAGUUCUUUGAAUCAACACACGUGACGCUGAAGAAGUACUUUCCAGAUAAUGUGAGCUGCCGUUGACCAAAGGUUGCUUAUCUGACCUUUCCAAAAUGAGAAUUCGGCUGGCUAAAAAGAAUCUGCUGGUACUUUUGGGUGUUUCCUUUGUCGUUUGGACUCUUUUGGUUUCCACACGUGUGCUGUCAGAUUCAGGGAACGAUUUAAGUGAUUUAAAGAAUCAAGCUAAUCAGGGCACACGCUCGAGCGACAGAGUAAAGUUUGACUUUUCUGGCUCGCUAUCAGAACUGAUGCAAUCCGUCUACAGGGCAAAUUACAAGCAACAUAUUUUAAAUGCUGAGCGGUUUCCAGGGGAGCCUCAGCUGGUACUGGUUGUGCAGGUCCACAACAGACCGGAAUACCUUAAACUUCUCAUCAAGUCUUUUGAGAAAGCUGCAGAGGUCCACAGCUUCCUCCUCAUCUUCAGCCAUGACUAUUUUUCAGCGGAAAUCAACGCCAUUGUGCAAGGGAUCACUUUUUGCAAAGUAUUGCAAAUUUAUUUCCCUUUUAGCACUCAGCUGUAUCCCAGCGAGUUUCCUGGGCAGGAUCCACGGGAUUGCCCAAGGGACAUUUCCAAAGAAAAUGCCAUCAAAACAGGAUGCCUCAAUGCAAAGCACCCAGACUCCUACGGACGCUACAGAGAAGCUUCCAUCACUCAAACCAAACAUCACUGGUGGUGGAAGUUACAUUUUGUGUGGGAGCGAGUCAAUGCAGUGCAGGGCUACAGUGGAUUUGUAAUAUUUCUUGAGGAGGACAACUUCGUUUUACCAGACAUUUUUCACUUCUAUAAUUCAACGGUUGAGUUCAGGAAGAACAAAUGUCAGGAUUGUGAUAUGCUGGCAUUGGGAAACCAUAAUGACUUUGCAGGCUUCCUCACACUGUCUAACAAGGUACUGACCACUGGGUGGAUGUCCACAAAGCACAACAUUGGCAUGGCCAUCUCCAGAGAGGCGUACUACAAGAUGAUGGGCUGCAGCAACGACUUCUGCACGUAUGACGAUUACAACUGGGACUGGACGCUGCAGCAUCUUUCUGGUACCUGCAUCUCAAAGCCUAUAAAAGUUCUUGUGGCUCAGGGCUCUCGGGUUCUUCAUACCGGAGACUGCGGGCUCCAUCAGAAGCAGAACUGCAGGCCAGAAUGGGCCUCACAGAAGGUUGAGGAGGCACUUAAUAUUGCUAAAGAUGGGCUUUUUCCUUCUUCUCUUGUCCUUUCUGCUUCUGAAGCAGCUCUACACAAGGCCCACGUGAAGAAUGGAGGGUGGGGAGAUGUCCGGGACCAUAUUCUAUGCAAUAACUAUGCCAAACGCCUUUAAACUGUGCUUUAAUGUCACAAAUGUUUCAAAUGUCCAUUCUGCACAUUUUUUCAAACAAAGUCUGAGUCUUUAGUGUGUGUUUUUUAAUAUUUGGGAGGUUCCCCCACUCCUUGAUUAAAAAAAAAAAAAAAAAAAAUCACAAACAAAUCAAGUCCAAGCAUGUUGUACAUACUUUUACACUGAUCGUUGCCGAAGACUUUGUUAAUAAUGUGAGUGUACUUUAAGAAUGUUUGUGUAUGAUGCAAUUCAUCUAUGAAUGAUCGAACCCUGCCUCGUGUCCAAACUAAGCUGUGCCAGUUACCUGCGACCCAAAUAUUGAAUUUCAGUCGUUUUAUGUUGAUCACUUUCACUGGUACAAUCUAAAGUGCAGAUUAAAGGUAUGAAAAUGCUACAUUGACGCACAUAAUGGAGGUUACUGAAUACUUCAUACGUUAAAUCAUGUAUAACAAGUCUUGAAUCAGGUUUGUUCAUUGGACCGUCUAUGUUUGCACCCUCCAGCAAUAGUCACCUAUGUCAACAAUGAGAGCUGCAUUUAUUGGUUUUUGUUGAGUUUCAUAUCCUGGGGUUUGCUUUUGGAACAAUAUGUCCCGAGGGAUCCCAAAAUGUACAUUUGUGAUACAAACAAAAGUGGGAAAUAUCUUAAUGUGAAUUGUGUUUUGGCAGUGUAAAACUGAGGUUUAACACAGUACUAUUAGUAAUUUGAGGUUCAGCUGACCAGAAGUGCCUUUUGAUUGUUCCUUUGAGCCUAAAUGUCAGGACAAGCACUUGGAAUUAGUCUUAAAUUCUACAAAAAGGGGGGGAUUGAAUGUAAUUUUUUACCCAAAUGUUUAUGUGAAAUUAUCAGUGACAUCUUGCUUGUUAGGCAAUCAGUAACGCGGGAUGGUGCACUUAUUGUGUAUCUUUAGAUUAUAAACUUUAAUAUUAGAAUCAUUCUUGGUGAGGAAUAUUCCAAACAUGCAAUACUGUAUAUCACGGCCUGUGAUGUUAAUGCGGUCAUAGACUUUGUGCUCUGUCAUGGGAUAUUGAUAAUGUGAUUUUCAUUUUUGUCUGAAUUCUGCCUGUUACUUGUCAUACCUGGUUAAUGAUUUUUCAGAAUGGGAAACUAAUUUAAAAAUAUAUUUUUCAUUAUUAAUCUG